CCUCCAUUAUAUGACCUCUCAUCACCACCAUCCCAUCUACUGUGUGUGAUUUACGACACUUAUCGAUGGGAAGACGACCUCCAUGUUGUGAUAAAUCACACGUCAAGAAAGGCCCGUGGACAGCUGAAGAAGACGCAAAGAUUCUCGCACAUGUUGCUAGUCAUGGCAUCGGUAACUGGACAUUAGUACCGCAAAAAGCAGGUCUUAACAGAUGCGGAAAGAGUUGUAGACUAAGAUGGACAAAUUAUCUAAGACCCGAUCUCAAGCAUGAAAGUUUCACCCCUCUUGAAGAAGAGCUCAUUUUGAGGUACCAUCUGGCCGUGGGAAGUCGGUGGUCGUUGAUUGCAAAGAAACUCCCCGGGAGAACAGACAACGAUGUGAAGAACCACUGGAACACAAAACUAAAGAAGAAGCUGCUUAAAAUGGGAAUCGACCCGAUCACCCAUAAGCCGUUAAGUCAGCUUCUUUCUGAUUACGGAAGCAUCAGCGACGCCAUCCCACAAAACACGAGACCUUCAGAUCAAAGACACCACGACUCGCCCUUGGAUUUCUCUCGGGCCGACAGUUCAUUAACAACAAUGGACCCGUUUCAAGACCGGCCCACUCCAAUGAAUUCGGUAACUGCUUAUUUCCCAGUUAUUAAUGAAGCAGCUUCAUCUUCUACAUCAUCACCUGCAUCUAAAGUUCAAGCGAAUUUACCAUCUUCUCCCUCUAUUUGGAGUGAUUAUCUUAUUGGAGACCAAGAACAAGAGUGUACCAACGAACCCAAUUUCGGGUUUUUACCCACAGAUGGUGAAUGCCCGAAUAGUUACAAUGGGUUCGGGGUAGAUCACACAAAGAACAGCUUAGAGGUUGAUACUGCUUCUGUUUCUUUUGUUGAGUCCAUUUUAAACCGUGAUCGAGAAAUGCAGUUGGACUUCCCUCAGCUUUUGGAUGGAUAUUCUGAGUUCUGAACAACAAGCCUUAGAUCUUUAAGAACGGGUGUAACGGGUGAUUCUCUAGCACACGGUUCUAGAUCGACCUAUGUUCUAGUUUUUAGUUAUAUGCUAGUAUGCUACCCUCUAAAUUCCUGGUCUCUGUUGCUAAUGUUUAGUUCAUAUUUUAAAUGGUAAAAUUAGAAUUUAUAACGAGUG